CAGAAGGGGUUGUUAAUUCUCAAGAGUGGCAAACGUUCUCCAAAAGCCGACCCCCGCCUGGUGUAUUGAUCAUCCCCAAUUUAUGAAUAUCCCAGUUUGACAUUAACCAAUAAGUCCCCUCUCCCCCUCCUCGUUGCACCAACAACCGAAAACAAUUAUCAGUGUUACAACUAAUCCAGGGGACAUCCGCUAUCGAGUAUCGAAUGAAUUAUCAUUACAUUUGCGACGCAGUAGAGCCACAUUCUAUCGCUCUUCUUAUGACGUCACUCUCCGGGAGUUACACAAGCGUCAUCGGCCAGUCUACCUGAUAAAUUUAGCAAACAACCGAGAAAACAGCAAGCAAAAAAUCCGAUAAUAACAUAAUCGACGGCCAAUUGUCUCCAGUGAAUCCAACGACUCGUUUCCACCAGUGAAUUUCACCACAAGUUAUUCCAUCGAGAAAAGCCAUUUGCAAAAAUCAUUUUGCAUUUCCAUUUUAUUCUAUGAAAAAUAUGUGAAAAGCCGCCAAUUGUUGUCUUCAUUCAGGAAGAAAAGAGCCCACUGGGGAAUUGAGUGAUAAAAUGUCGAUGCAACAGUUCUGCCUUCGUUGGAACAAUCACCAGCCAAAUUUCAUAUCCGUAUUCUCGACUCUGUUGAGUAAUGAGACACUGGUUGAUGUGACACUUGCUGCUGAGGGGAGACACUUGCAAGCACACAAAGUCGUGCUGUCAGCGUGCAGCACGUAUUUUCAAUCGUUGUUCACGGUUAAUCCAUGUCAGCAUCCCAUUGUCAUUCUGAAGGAUGUGAAGUUCUCGGAUCUCAAAAUUAUGGUGGAUUUUAUGUACUACGGGGAGGUGAAUGUUUCUCAGGAUCAAUUGCCAUCAAUUAUUAAGACUGCAGAGAGUUUAAAGAUCAAAGGUCUAGCCGAGAUGCAUACAGCGUCAUUAACGAAGUGGCCAAGUGGUAGUUCAGAGCCGAGUGAUGGAAAUCGGGGUGAAUCGUGCUCACCGAGUCCAUCACCCAUGUCACCAUCGUACAGGAGGAAGAGAUUGAGGAAGACGUCGACAGGCUCCACGUCUGGCUCUGGUGAUAAGCAAGAGGAGGUCAACGAGAUAACUCUUGUUGCCACUAAUAUUGUCAAACCAGAGCCACUGAUUAUGACGCAGGAAAGUGGUGAGAGCUUGAGACGUCCUAUUAACACCAGCACUGAGUCACAAGGGAGCAUCGACGAAGAUCAAAUAUCAAUCAUGAGCAACAUGGAGAGCAGUUCAGCAACAACCCCAGCACAAAGUGAGGGCUCAAUGCAGGACGUGAGUCAGCAAUCAGGUACAAACGUUGGACAGAGUUCACUAUCAGCCGGACAGGCAUCAGCCCAUCAAGGAUUGCAAUGGACAAUCAUGGAGCACACGUAUCCACGUUUCGCUCUAUCCUCGUGUCAAACGAAUCUGUCGAUCCAAGCAUCAUCAGCAUUCACGACCCCCGAAAUAACGGCAUCAUCGAGCAUCAACGAUCAGUACCCUGGUACAAAUGCACCAGGAUCGAGUUGUGCUUUAACGAAUUACACGAGUCCAACGCACGGAGGUCUGCAGCCAUCGUCUGGUGGCCCAUCGCCAUCAGGCCAAUGUUCAAAUACAUGUCAGAGUCCCUGUGCCAGUCCCCAGGCAACAGUCAAGAGAAAGAGAUCAACGAAUCCACAGGCUGAUGAGAAUUUUAUCAGAGCACUUGAUGCUGUGCGUUAUGGUGGCAUUGGUUUCUGCAAAGCUGCCAGGAUGUUUGGUGUCAACAACAGAACACUCUGGCUCGAGUACAAGAAGAGGGGAUAUCCGAAUAAUCGACCGAGUCUCAAGUCAAGGGUCAAGCAGGAAGCACCAACGUCACCACCACCUGCACCACCUUCACAGCCUGUCAACUCUCAGAGUCCAACCCCAAUGGGCCCUCCAAACACACCUCACAGCACUCACAAUACUCUCAAUACUCAUACUAUGCUCACAGCACACAGCCCUCACAUGCUCAGCAGUUACGUCGACACCAGGCAUAAUGAUUACUCAUUACCCAACACCAACAUGCCCAUCAAUCUGCAUGGGGUUAAUUACAAUGCCAUGUGAAAUGAUGCGUUUUCUUAUGUGUACAAAUAGGACGAGCUCUCGGGGGACAGUGGAGGGUAAUCAGUUUUUUUUUUUGAUUUUUGUGACUCGUUCGCCACUCAAGGGGAAAUUUUUCCAAAAAUCGACUAUUGCCAUUCCACUGACUCCGGGGAUUUUCUCGAUUGAAAACUUGUAGAUUUCAUUCACUCGUUCCUUCUCAUUAUUUUAUUUUCGUUCGGUGGAUAUUGAGGAAAUGACCUUCGUCGAAAUUGAUAGGAAAUUCUUGGAUGAAAAAUUCUGGGAUUUUAUCCCUUUUCAUCCCUUUUUAUCCAUCGAUUUUAAUUUGAUUUUUUUUUUUCAAUUCAUGAUUUCUACUCCUCCACUAAAAAUAAAACCGGUGUCACGGUGAAGUGGUUAAAAAAAUGAAUGCAAUAAAUAAAUUCAAUGCAUUUGUCUUUUUUUACUGCUUUACUAUCGAGUUCUCUUCAGUUUUCUUUCUUUCGUGCUUAAACGUAGGUGAUAGGAUCCGUAGGUGUAUAAAAAUGAUGGAAUUCUGUAAAUAAUUUCUCCUGGUGAUUUAAUUUAAUGUCAGCUGUAAUUCACUAUUCCACAUGUCGUACGCUGGAGUAUUUCAUACUGUGUAUUGUUUACCAGUUUUCGUACGUUGAUAAAUUCGACUUUUUAAAAAAAAAGAAAAUGCGCCUACUGUAAGUAGCAAUGUUGAGUCGACAUUGAUUUUUUAGAGGCCACACGAUCAAGAAUUGACUGAGUUCACUCGAAGGUCGAUCGUUACUCUAUAUAAUAAUUAAAUACAAUAAUUCUAAUGAACAAGUAUUACAGGAAGAGGUAUUAAACGAAAGAGACAUGAAUAACUGAUUUAGGAGAUUCCGUUCAUUUCAUUUACCUGUCACUAUUGUUCCUGAGUAUUGAUCAGUGAAUUGAUCAUCGAAAAUGACAAUUCCCUGAUCAACGACGUUCAAUAAUGCUGACAAUAAAUAAUCGUGAUUAGUCGCACCUCUUGAAUUCAGUUGCGUAAUUAUUUAUUAAUUGUAAUGGCAGUUUAUAUUUAAUAAAAAUUAAGAAAAUCAUGAAACUCACUA